AUGAAUAUGAAGGCGGGGGGCCUUGGCCUGAUGUCUGAUUGCACUUCCCGCUCCAAGAGAUAUGGGAGUACGACCAACGCAGAGGUCAAAUGCCGCUCUACAGCUCGAGAGCAAGGGCACCUCCGAGUAUGUUGGCCCCACUCGGAGCGCAUCGGUGUUCACUUCGUCAUGAAGAUGUGCUCAGCGCAUGACCCAGCCCGUACCGUGAUUGACGUGCAGCCGAACUCAGAAGUAUUUGUGGAGCGUCCCGAAGGGACGGCGGGCCGAAGCAAGCUCUUUUUGCUAGAAGACGGCGUGAACGUCAGCAGACUUGGGGCCCUCGCCAAAGCCGACGAAUACACGUCUGUCAGGAGAUACGUCGACGACUGCCUCCAGAUCGUGACCUCUUUCAGCAGUCAGAGCGGUUCGCCAUCCGACGCUGCGGCCUAUCUUGGUUGGGUCGCAGCUGCAUCGACCGGAAAAGGCACCCAACUCGUCUACAUCGUUGUGGGAUGCUGCUGCGGCACGGUUGGAGCUGCGGUCAUGCACGCUGGUCUUGCGUGCCCGCUGGCCGAGCUCCAGGCGGAAAUGCGUGUUCCUUCGAGAUUGGACCUCAAAGACGAAGUUGGUGCGCUCGGUGCCGUAAGACCAGCGCUGCGAGGUGAUGUAGAUGCGACACCAAAAGAGCUCCCCCAGGGAGGCUGUAUCGAGCGCUGUUGUUACAAACUUGUUGUCUUUGUCUCCGGCGCGAUCCUCAAGACAGAGAUGAGACGUCGUGGACGCUGUGCCACUGGGCGCGCUUUCGCCGCUAGAUGUCUGGAGGGAUACAAGUGCAAUGAGGGACAGACGAAAAGGAAAGAGAGAGAGAAUGGUAUUGGCGAUGCAGUCGCGAAGAAGGGGGAGCUCGUCGUCGUCGACAGCGGCGAGGACAGGAAGCACAGCGGCGACAGUCGCCCAGACAAGAGUCAGACCCAGACCGGAUCAACGCCCUUCCCAGGCUCCCGGAACGCCCACACGGGGCCAUCAUUCAUAUCAGGAAAGAAAGACUUCUGUGAUGACAAUUGUGCGCGCUGGUACAUCUUGUGGCACAACCAGGGUGGCUCAGAGGCGGGAAGUCACUUCGGGGAGCUCCUCUGGAAGACGUUAUUCGCAACGCCUGUCAACAAUGAGAAGGGGCUGGACUCCGACCUCUGA